AUGAUUGUGGUGACUAGUGAGGCGACUUCAUUUUGCACGCAAGACAGCAAAAGCCCCGAAAUAACGCCUUGUUUUCCAAGAAAGGUUAAACCAAAACUGCUUGUGAGGUUUUAUUCCUCAGCAAAGGCGGCGCAGGAAUCAACGUUCAGGGCAGCUAAAGGCGGGAAAUCACAGCGCGCUACAGAAGAUGUCACUCAAAAUACAGGGUCAUCGUCUGAUGUUUUUGGAUUACCACCAAGAGACGCUCAAGCAACAGAAAUGUCCCAAACAGCACAGGAUGUAGUGAGGACAAUCAAGAGAAUGGUGGAGGAAAACAAGGCCAUCAGAGAGAGGUUGAGUCAGCUAAAUCAAAGCAAAUGAGGUGGUGCCAGGCAGUUCUGUGCAGUCAAAGAGAAACAAAAUGCUCUUCACAUGGAACAGUCCUGUUUAAGGCAAUGCCUACUCCAUAAAUCAUUCAUAAUCUAAAGGAAUUUCUUAUGCGUUUCACAGUUAUAGACAUUAGGGCGUG